GAAGAAGAUAUAAAUGCCCGCAACCUGUCUUCCCACCCAAGUAACCGACCAUGUCAUCAUCGACGACCUCAGCUGCAGCCGGUACUUCACAGGAGGAAAGCUUCCCUCCGCCUUCCGUCCCGGUACCCGCCGGUGACCCUGCCUCAACUUCCUCCUCCCUCCGGGGCGGCGGCGGCGGCAUGACUCAGGCCUUCUGUUUCUCCUCCGGAAACCCUAGGAUCGAGGAGACUCGCGGCGUCAUGCACCUCUUCUCCGACGACGCCGUCUCCUCCUCGUCUCCCGAUCUCCCGGUUGGAAGAAAGCCUCUUGUUUGUGUGUUCGGGGUGCCUGAUCACAUGACAUAUGCCGAUUUUUGCCAGUUCUGUGCUUCGUUUAUUCAUCAUAUACUGGAGAUGCGAAUUGUCAGGACUGACGGGAUGGAAGACCGAUAUAGUAUUUUGAUACGAAUGGAUGGUCAGGAUGCUACAGAUAACUUCUACCGGUACUUCAAUGGGAGGCGUUUUAAUUCUCUGGAAGUAGAGGUUUGCCGCAUUCUUUACACCGUCGAUGUACAGUACACUGGUUAUAAAGGUUCAGCUGAGCACCCACAUACUUCUCCAAUGGCCACAAGUGAGCAGCCGUCAUGUCCAGUCUGUCUAGAGAGGCUAGACCAGGACACAAGUGGCAUUCUGACGACCAUCUGCAACCAUUCUUUCCAUAUUUCUUGUAUUUCGAAAUGCAGUGAUUCUUCUUGUCCAGUCUGUCGCUAUUGCCAGCAACAACCAGAGAAGUCAAUAUGUUUCGUGUGUCAAACAUCAGAAAAUCUGUGGAUGUGUGUUAUAUGUGGUUUUGUUGGAUGCGGAAGGUAUAAGGCAGGACAUGCAACAGUGCACUGGAAAGAAACACAACACUGUUAUUCUCUUGAGUUGGAAACACAACGUGUUUGGGAUUAUGCUGGUGACAACUAUGUACAUCGGCUCAUCCAAUCCAAAACUGAUGGGAAAUUAGUUGAGUUGAAUUCCCACUGUAUGCACUCUAGCGAUGGCUGUGAAAGCUGUAAUUGUGCCAAUUCUGGACUCAAUGAAGCUCUUCUUAAUAGCAAAGUGGACGUUAUUAUUAAGGAGUAUAACGAUUUGCUCGCCACUCAACUUGAGAACCAAAAACUAUAUUACGAGACUUUGCUUCAAGAAUUUGAAGAAGAAACUGAAAGGGAAAUUUCUGAAGCUGUUGAGAUGGCUUUGACCGCUAAUAGUAAAGUGCAGAAAAAACAGACUAAGUUGGACGAAUGUGUCAGAGAGACGAAAUUUCUUGACGAACUCAACGAGAAUCUUAUGGCAAAUCAGGAGAUAUGGAAAGCAAAGCUUUCAGAGGCUGAAGAGAGGGAAAGAAACGCUUUGAGAGCAAAAGAUGAUAAGAUGCAGCAAUUGGAAGAAGAGCUCAAGGACUUGAUGGCGUGCCUUGAAGAAGGCAAUUCGAACUAAACAGCCAGUUGAUACCGGAUGGAGUUGAAGACGGCUCUAAGCUCAGGAAAGCUGGAGGCUUUUCUUCAAGAAAUGGUUCUUGGGUGGAUUAGGCAGAGCAGGAACCACAAGCUGGCCAAAAGAAAGGUGAAAAGGGUAACAGUCGUAGGGCGGAUCCUCGGAAAGUGACUGUUUGCUUUUCUGUGUAUAGUCGAAUGUUUUUCCAGUGGCCCAAGAGAUUGGCCAAGCCCUGGAUAUUCUGUACAGACGAAGGGGAGUUGAAUAGAUUGUAAAUUCU